GUUGUUAGCAUUUGAAGAGCGAUAAACUCCGUUGACAUUUAAAACAGUUUUCACGAAUAUCUUAAAAUUUUGUAAACAAGUGAUACAUGAUUAAUCACAUAUGUGUAUCAUUAGAACACAAUUUCAAUGUUAGCUACGUCAAACGUAAAAUUAACUCGUCACAAUGUUCUUGAAGAAUAAACUUUUCCGUAAGGAAAUCGACUCUUUCCGAGAAAGCCCGUUACAUUUUUUUCCUCAAAGUUGAAAUCUAGUGUAAACAAUUUCUUGUCUCUAGAAGAAGUAAUUUUGUAAUUCUAUUCGCGUAAUAUUUGUCCUUCCGUUCUCCUUAGAUGCAACAGCGAAAAUUAUCGAGCUGCCGUAUCACGCUAUGAUUAGAAUAAGAAUGCGCGCAAUUUGCAUUUCUGCACUCAUCAAUAAGAUGUUAAAUAAAUAUAUGGGAUAAAUAUUUAUCACGUUCUCGCUUUCAAUUAGCAAAUGUUUGUAUGCGCAAGUGAAAAUAUCGCACAUGCGUUAUUGCGUUCACCCCAAAAGUUAAACCCGGCGUAGCAGCCAAUAGCAAUAAAUUAUAGCUAGCGUUUCCUGUCAUUCAACAUUUAAAUUAUUAUACCUGUAGAUACCGAAGUAGUAAAAAAGAAUUGUAAGUCAUCGAACAGAGUGAUUUUCCAAACAAUAAGACAAUUAUACUAUAAUAGAGCAAUGUAGAGGACGAACACGUGAGAAAAAGAACUGAAAAAGUCUGAUGCGCGCACGUGCUUGAGAAAUAGCACGGUAAAGUAAUAAUUAGUAGUUUUAGAUCGCGCUCGCUCUUCCGUCCGAGUCGGGAGGGGAUUCGAUUAAAAUCACAGUGACGUGCCUACGUAUCAGAGUCAAGCUCAGUUUCCUUUCCGCGCGUCUUUCAGAAUGAUAGCGGCGUCGUUGUCGCCGACACGCGUCGAGAUCUCGGCAUCUCGUUCUCGGCUCUCGUGCUGGUGACAGGUGCUUUACCAAGAGCUAUUGAGAGCGUACAAAGAAACAAGCGACAAAUAUUCAUUUACAGUUAUGAGAUAUAAUUGAAUCUCCUCGCACAUUCUUCGUGCUGCUCUCAUAGUAGCAAUGACUUUUUGCUCCGUUUAACCGUGAGUACGCGAAGUAACGAUUUAAAAAAUCCGAUAAAAGCGACGAUUAACGUGAAAUCAAGAAGGACAUUAUCGAGCACAAUGGACCGUGGGAUAUUGCGACAGACGUUGAUUGGAUUCGUAUGCAGUAUUUUGAUUAUCGAUUGCGGCCUCCACGAAGGAUGGAGCACGCCGUCCAUUCCGAAAUUCAAUGACGUGGAUCCUCUAGAGGUGACGAGCGACGAGAUCGCUUGGAUUGUGAAUCUCAUGUACGUGGGGGUCGGUAUCGGCUCGUUGGUACCCUUCAUUCUGAUGGACAACAUCGGACGUAAGGGUACCUUGCUGGUCACCACGAUACCAAAGAUCAGCUCCUGGAUCUUCAUCGGACUGUCCAAUUCCGUACCUUUUCUAUACGUCGGACGAGUACUCGCGGGCAUAGGAUGCGGUAUAACUUAUGCCGUGAUGCCGAUGUACCUCGGCGAGAUCAGCAGCAAGCGGACCAGAGGUCCUUUAGGUACUUUAAUGGCUGUUCUAAUUAACAUCGGAAUGCUGCUCAUCUACGCCAUCGGCCUGUGGAUCAGCAGAUUCGCGAUGGCGAUGAUAAGCGUAUGCGCGCCGGUGCUGUUUCUGCUGACCUUCAUUUGGCUCCCCGAGAGCUCGGUGUUUCUCACGCGUAAGAACAGACUUGAUCCCGCGGAGAAGACCCUCCAGUGGGCCUUGGGCAAGGAUAACGUGGACGAGGAGCUCGAGGAAGUGAAACGUAUCGUGGAGACCGAGGACAAGUGCAGCAAGAUGACUGUCAAGGAUAUGUUCCGGGAGAUCUUCACCAAGGCCCAGAACAGAAGAGCCUUUCGUAUCGCUCUGAUAUUACUGAGCGGCCUGACAUUGACUGGCGCGGCGCCGAUACUCGCCUAUCAGUCGUUCAUCUAUAACGAGGCCGGAUUCGAGAUCUCGAGCAACACCAGCAUCAUCCUGACAGGCGUCGCCAUCGUCCUGUCCGGCGUCGCCUGUGUGACGGUGGUGCGUUUUACAGGAAAAAGAUUGCUGCUGCUGAUUGCCGCGCCAAUCUGCGUGGUCUCCCUCGCCACGAUAGCUAUUUUCUUUGAGCUGCAGUCCAGCGGUUACAAUGUCUCCCAGUUCAAGUGGGUGCCCGCGGUCUUCGUGGUGAUUUACGUCCUCGGUUUUGGAUUCAGCCUUAAUCCGAUACCGCUGGCGUAUAUCGGCGAGAUCUUCGGCGUUGAGGUCAAAGUACCCGCCGCGGUGCUCAACGCUCUCUACUAUGCCAUAAGCACCACCGCCGUUGUAAAGUUUUAUCAGAUUAUGCAAGAGUUGUAUGGCACGUUUGUACCAUUGUGGGUUUUCACUGCGAUAACAUUUCUUAUAUGGGUAUUAAUUUACCUAUUUGUGCCAGAGACUGAAGGCAAAACCUUGGAAGAGAUACAAAUAGAAUUGCGGAAUAAGGACUAACGUAUAUGCAAUAUAAAGAA